CUCUCAAUCAAAAGUAGUCCAAAAGGUCUCUUUGUUUCACACGGUUAAUAAGAAAUUAAAAAGAAAAAGUUUAUAUGGGAAUUGGGACAUUAGUUAGUUCAAAACUCUAGCCAAAAAAAAAAACCAUUAUUAUUUGCAUAUCGCGGUUCAGGUCAAGGAAUCCGUUAUAAAAUGCGGUUCGGGUCAUGGAAUUCGCUAUAAAUUCCGAAAACAAUUACGCUUUUUGCCGCCAUUUCAAGCAAAAAUUCAAAAAUACAAUUACGCAGCAGCAUCAGAUGAUCAGAUGAUCGAGAGAGAAGCUUCAAUUCGAGAAUACUCGUGCUAGGUUUUCAACACUGUAGGAGGAGGCUUGCAUUUCACCGUCAAUUAUCCGGUGCAAAUUUCGAAUUCGUGGAGGUUAUCUGGAAGUUUUUCCCUUUCAUUUUUAGGUUUUGGAUCAAAAGCUUUGCGGACAAUCCAGUUAUUGAGCUCGGCUGAAGUGUGAGAUGAGAUGCAAUGCUUGCUGGCGUGAACUGGAAGGACAGGCCAUCACCACCACUUGUGGCCACCUCUUCUGCAGGGAUGAUGCAAGUAAGAUUCUCAGCAAUGCUGCUGCUUGUCCUAUCUGUGAUCAAGUUCUGUCUAAAAGUCUCAUGAAACCUGUAGACGUCAAUCCAAGUGAUGAAUGGACAAAUAUGGUCAUGGCUGGAAUAUCACCACAGAUAUUGAUGAAGAGUGCCUACAGAAGUGUGACUUUCUACAUAGGGCAAAAGGAAUUGGAAAUGCAAGUCAAGAUGAACAGGCUAGGAGCUCAAUAUCGUCAGAAAUGUGAGAUGAUGCAAGAAAAAUUCUCUGAAAAGUUGGAGCAAGUGCAUACUGCAUACCAGAAGAUGGCUAAAAGGUGCCAAAUGAGGGAACAAGAGGUUGAGAGCUUAUCUAAAGACAAGCAGGAACUCCAAGAAAAAUUUGCUGAGAAAUCCAGGCAAAAACGAAAACUUGAUGAAAUGUAUGAUCAGUUGAGAGAUGAGUAUGAAUCAGUAAAACGCUCAGCCAUUCAGCCAAAACAUUUCUUUUCGAGAACAGAGCCUGAUUUGUUUGCAAAUAAUGCUGAUAUGAUGGACAACAGAGAUCACAUGAGAAAAGAUUGGUCAGUUCUCACUCCUGAAACUCCAGGGCCAAGAGAAGACAUUUGGCCUCCAGCACGACAGAACGUUUCCAACUCCGGCCCUUUUGAUGUCUUGAGUGGUUCCCCUGCAAGACAAUCAGCAAUGCCAGUGGAUGCUGGAAACAGAAGGGCAGGUGCACGUCCUAUGCUUGGUGUUGGAACUGGAGCAAGCAACCCUGCAACGACCCUUAGGAAUCUCAUAUUUUCACCGAUUAAGAGACCUCAACUCUCCCACAAUCAACCGCAGAUGUUCUCGUAAGCCACAAAAUUUACCUCCAAUUGUCUAAUAUGUUAAAAGCUGAAUUCUUACUACAAAUAUUUAGUUCUCCAGGUUGUAAAUCGGGAGAUUGUUCGGUGUGAGUGUUUUAUGCAUUAAAGUGCAGAUAUUGAUAUGCUUAGCUGACUUUGCUUUAGUGGUGGGCAAAGUAAAGAUAAGAUGAUGUAGAAUAAUGUUUAAUAGUUUACAGACAAAUGUAUGAUGUGAUAUGAGUUACAAUAUAAUAGUUGAAACUUCUCUUACA